AUGGAAUUCAGGGCGAAGGUUAUCCGGAUUUUGGAACGAAACGGCGGCCGAAUUUUAUGCAGCGAGCUAAUUAAAUGUUUAAAAAAUGAGCUUCCGAAUGAAGAAGUCUUCAAGAAAGAAUUCAAACGGGCAGUUUCCGCCGUGGCGUAUGUUGAACACGGCGAGGACCAGAGGCGUUAUUUGAUCCUGAAGGACUUAACCCGCAAUAAAGAAAAUAUAUCCGAAAGCAAAUUGGUAUCAACACAGUUUACACAAACUCCAAAAAAAGGAAACAAAACUCCGUCAUCUAGACUACCUGUAUCAAAAAACUCAAAAACUACGCGACCAACUCAACUUUCGGUUCCCAAAAGACCUUCCUAUUCAACCUCUACCAGCAACGAGCCACGUCAGUGGUGGUUGGCUUCUCUGGAUUGUCGCCAUGCGGAUUUGGCUCGACUGCUUGGUUUGAAUCCCAAAUUGGUCGAUUGGCAUAAUCCAAUCGAUGAGUGGACCGCUCUGCACUAUGCAGCCAAGUUUGGCAAUACGGAAUGCCUAAGGCUUUUGGCUACAGAAAGCCAUGCCAAUGUGAACACUCGCAAUCGCUGUGAUCAGACACCACUACAUGUGGCAUGUGCAAAUUCUCAAUGUGUCGCAAUUCGAAUGCUCGUGGAGGAGUUCAAAGCCAGCACUUCUAUCCUUGAUUUCUCCGGACGUUACCCUGUAUCACUGUUGCCUGAGUAUCUCCGUCCCGAUCUUGAGGUCCGCUUAUUGCAAACAAAUGACUCCCGAUACGAUUCGUGUUGCUCAAAAGAUUUAUCCCGACAGAAAAUCCAAUCAGAUCCUAGUGCAGAAUUCAAGCGUCCAUUUUCUUCUAUACGUCCGAUUCGUCAACGAGACACAUUUCCGCAACCUAUGAGCAACACU